AAAGAUAUUAUUAUUCGUAAAACUAACAACAACAGCAAGUUAAAAUCAAUCUUUGUUCCUAACGGUCUAUAUAUAUAUAUAUAUAUAUAUGUAUAUAUAUAAAGUGGUUUUAUUUUUACGUUUUCUUUCAUAUAUAAAAAAAAUGGACUUCCAGCCAGUUUUUACGAUGCUUGCAUUUAUACUUCAACGGCCAGUUAACAAACUGCGCUAGAACAUAAAACGGAAAUGUUCUUAAAAUAUUAUUAAAUAAUUUAAUAACAAUAAGUGUAAUAAAUAAACUGCUUCAAUUUUAUAACCAAAGACUAAAGCAAUAGCAAAAAGGAGGAAAAAAAGAACGAAAAUUUAAUUAAACACUAAAAGACUUUAACUAACUUGAGAGAAUGUCUUGCACUGUAUCAGAACUGCCAUCAGGAUGUCGGUUACGCGGCAUGAGUUCAGCUUCGCAGAAUACAGGUACUGAUGGGGGUGGGAAUGGUACAAAUUCAGGUGGAAUUCACAUCGGUAGCAUGUUAAACCCAACGGGUGGUAUGACAACAACGACGGCUUUACAAGCCGUUGCGGGCAAUACGGGCGGUGGUCUUCCCGAUGUGUCGACGCCGUUACAACAGCGUCAACAAUCGCAGAAACCUUGUUGUUUUUGCUGGUGUUGUUGCUGUUCAUGCUCAUGGGCAAAAUGCCUGGCUCUGAAAAAUGCGGAAGAUAAUGCACCUACAAAACGUGAUCCAGCUAAUUCAGAAUUGUUACUAGAAGGCGAACAACCUUCACUGGAAGAAAUACGAAGUUGGGGCACAAGUUUCGAUAAAUUAAUGAAAAGUUCAGCUGGCCGCAAAGUGUUUCGUGAUUUUCUCCGUAGUGGCUUUUGUGAAGAAAAUAUUUUAUUUUGGAUGGCCUGUGAGGAUUUCAAGCAAGAAAGCAACGUAGAUGUCAUCGAAGAAAAAGCCCGUUUAAUAUAUGAAGAUUAUAUAUCGAUAUUGUCGCCGCGAGAGGUCAACAUAGAUGCUCGUGUACGUGGAAUAGUUAAUCGUAAUAUGAUAGAACCGACACUGCAAACAUUCGACGAGGCUCAAAUACAAAUCUACACAUUAAUGCACAGAGACUCAUAUCCAAGAUUUAUAAAUUCCCAAAGAUAUAAAACGUUAGCUCAACUACAAGAUGGCAUAUCAGCCGCCGGCUCAACGGCAGACAGUCCUACUUAAGUUUUACUAUUAAAUGAACUUUAGGUUGUUGCUGCUUGUUUUUUUUUAAAUUAUUUCUUAUCUUAGUUAAGAGUUAAACUUUAAGUUUAAUAACAGCCGUUGUUAUUUAAGGAUCUAACGUAAAACAAUUUAAAACAAAAAGAAAAAAAAAACAAAAACAAAAGCUAAGCAAUAUUUUCUUAAAAAAGCAAGAAACAAAAAUUAAGGAAACGAAAUCUUCUUUUCUACACAAACACUUGCUAAAAAAAAAAAAAAAAAAAACAAAAUAA